UUUGAUUUGACUAUUUGACUCCACCUAUCACGGAUUUUGAAUUGUGAUAAAUAAAAUAUAUCUUACAUGGUUUAAUUUAAAAAUACCACUUAAAAAUAAUUGAGACGUGGUUCUUAUAAAAUGGAAGAAGCUAUCCGUAAUUUAGAACAAUCGGUAAGCAGCAUUUAAUUUAAGACAACAGAACAAUCAACUAAAAAAAAAGUCGGUGUUUUAACCUAAAAAAAUGGCUGUGCAAAUAGUUCUUGAAUAUGUCAUAGCUGGGGCAAUUCGUUAUUUAUUAAUGAAUUCAGAUUAUCGAAAAAUAAUUACUGAACGAGUUGAAAUAUCAACACCAUUGAAUGCAUGGGAGAGAGCUACUGAAGCGGCAUUUAUUCAUGAUAAACAUGGGAUUGAUCCGUAUACUGCAGAUAUAUUUCACGAUACACCAUUAAAUUUGGAAUUUUAUAAGUUACUUUUAAAAGUUUUACCAAAGUAUUUACCAUUAAUAUUCGUAUUUAUAGAUUUAUUAACUGCAACGUUCUUAUAUUUUACGGCUAGAGCAUAUAUGUCAAAUUUAAAAUUAAUACAAAUACGGGAUAAAGCUAAAUAUUGUAAAAAAUCGUUACCGUUUUUAUUAAAAGAUGACGAUUUUCAAUCGGUACCAGUAUUCGUAUUAACAGCAUUUUUAUUUAAUCCGUUUAUUAUAUUAAACUGUGUAGCAAUGACCACUACUGUCUUAACUAAUCUAUUUUUAGGGAUUAUUUUUUACGGUAUUUGUAAUAAAAAUUAUGUUUUGUCGUAUUUAUUUAUUGCAAUUGCCACUAGUCAAACGUUAUAUCCAACUUUCUUAAUUGUACCAUUUGCGAUAAAUAUCGCUCAAAACCAUGUGACAACUUAUAAAAAAGGUAUAACUUUAGCUACUCAUUUUACCAUUUACGGUCUCGUACUGUUCGGUAUAUUAUAUUUAUCGUACCAUAUUUCUGGAUCAUGGAACUUUUUAAAUAAUACAUUCGGAUUUAUAUUAAAUGUUACAGAUUUACGACCAAAUAUUGGUACAACUUGGUAUUUUUUCACCGAAAUGUUUGAACAUUUUCGUUUAUUAUUCAUUUGGUCGUUACAAAUUAACGUAACUAUAUUGUAUUUAGUUCCGUUAAGUUUAAAAUUUCGUAAAGAUCCAUUGUUAUUAGCUUUUGCAUUAACUGCGCUCACAACAAUAUUCCGAACAUAUCCGAGUAUCGGUGAUGUUGGAUUUUAUUUAUCGUUGUUGCCUACAUGGAAACAUUUAUUACCGUUUAUGCAACAAAGAUUUAUAAUUUGUUGUAUAUUCUUGCUGACAUCAGUUAUUGGCCCGGUAUUUUGGCAUUUAUGGAUUUAUUCCGGAGCAGCAAAUGCUAAUUUCUAUUUUGGUGUUACACUAGCUUUUACGGUUGCCCAAAUUUUUGUGCUAACCGAUAUGUUGUUUGCAUAUAUUAAUCGACAAUAUAUUUUGAAAAAAGGUUGUUUAGAUCAAGAAGAUCUUAAAAAGUAUAAAUUAAUUUUAUGGUAGAUAAAUUCAUAUUGUGUGGCAGAAAAUGAACUUAACGGUUUGAAUUCUCCAUAAUUUAUUGCCUGUUUUUAAAAUAGGAAAUUUUUUAGUUUAAUUAUAUCUCGAAAGUAGUGGCCACAGGACUGAUUAAAUUCGUUGAGCGCGAAGACCAACUGAAAUUACUUUUUCGAAAAAUAAUGCGUUCAGAUAUAGGUCUCCAGGAAGGUUCUUUGAGGCUUUUUUGUUAUUAAUAUCAGUUAAUUCUUUGCUCUGAGUGUCAAAUACCCAAUUUAGAGCAUCGACGUUAUAUAAGUUCAACAAAAAAGAUUUUUAUUUGUUUUCGAUUAUGUUUAUUAAUGUUUCAUUAUAAAUUCGACAAGUCUUUAUUACAAAACAUUGCAAAUAAAAAUGUUAGGACGAAUUUAAACCAUAACAUUAAUUACAUUUACAUUAAUCAACGAUACAGCAUUUGCGUACGAGAAAGUAUUUCAAGAAGGCCCAUUUUAGAAAUCAAAUAUACGUUUAAUUCGGGAAACAUAUCUUAAAACAUUUUUCGUUCUGAAUGAUUGUAUUGUGCAAGUGAAUGGACCAUAAGCCAUGAAUUUUGGUAAUUUUCAGUUUAAUUUUUGUUUUCAAAAUUACUUGAGUUUUUUUUCUAAAUUAAGCCAUACAAAAAUAUAAAUAUAUGAUUUUUUUAAUGUUUCUUAUAAAAAAGCUGUUCUUACGACUCGAAAUUAUUUCACUUAUUACUUUUAAAAUAAUUUUUGCGUUUC